AUGGCUCCUAUAUAUUGCUGUAUGAUCAAUUGUUUGGGUAAUAACAAGGAAUCUAAGCAUCGCUUCCCAAAUCGCGAAGUUAGUCCUGAUUUAUUUAAUACCUGGGUGAAGUUAACAGGGAACAAAAGGCUAAUAAAGGAGAAGGCUGAUGCUUCAAAAAUAUGCAGAAAUUGCAGAGUAUGUGCAAAACAUUUCGCAGACUAUGAUUUUACCUUGAAUAGAAAAUUAAAAAAAGGUGUAAUACCUUCCAAAAAUUUACCAACAGUUUCCUUGGAUGAUGUAACAUUGGCCCAGCCAAAAAAUAAGACGGCUAAAAUUGUUCCAUUUUCGCCCUUUGAACACACGGAGACCAGUUAUAUUGAACCACAACCUUCUACAAGUAAAGAAACCCAUCAUUUUUCAAUGCCAACACCAAAAAGGAGGUUAGAAUUAUUGCUCGAAGUGGGUGUUUCAAAAUCAGCAGAGUUGUCGCCUAAAGCUCGGCUUUUAUACCGGAAAGCUUUGCAUUUAAAACGAAAGGCUGCAACGUCGGCCAAACUGCAAAUAUUCUUCAAAAAUCGUCUUAAAGUUUCCGAGAGCUUUACAAACGCCCAUAUGUUUGAAAAAGUGGUAUCCAGCAUGGACCGUAUUCGAGCUAGGUUUUUUGAAAACCAGUUGGAAAAUCUCAAUAAGAAGCCCAAGGGCAAACGUUAUUCUUUAGAAGAUAAGGUCCUGGCAUUGGCGCUAUAUAAACAAAGUGGAACUGCAUACAGAUUUUUGUCAAAGGGUUUCUCACUACCGUCUAGAAGAACGCUUAUGAAAAUAUUAAAUAGAAUACCGAUAUGCCUUCGAUUACACGAAGAGGUAUUCAGUGUUUUAAAGGUUGAAGUUAAAAAUUUUAAACAUCCAUUGGAUAAGAAUUGUAUUCUACUUUUUGACGAGAUGAGCAUACAGUGUCAUUUACAACCAAAUAUGCAAGAGGAUAGCAAUCCAAGGUUUUGAGGAUUAUGGUUUUAAGACCACCGAACAUGUUGCUAAUCAUGCUCAGGUUUUCAUGCUGAGAGGGGUUAGACGAAAGUGGAAGCAACCAAUAUAUUAUUGUUUUGCUUAUGGUAGAAUGAAAAAAUUUGAUUUGGUUGCCAUUAUUAAAAUGAUAAUAAAUAAGUGUCAUUCUGUUGGCCUG